AUGAGUAGCCACAAUAAUUUUCCGGACACGCCUAAUCAAUCUCUAGAAAGACCUCCACUGCUUCGAAUGUUUCAUCCUACAUCUGGUCGUGAGGGUUUCAAUGAAGUAAAUAAUCGAACUCUACCAUCAGCACGAAACUAUGCUGAUCCCACACUUGCAAUGAUACUAAAUAGUCGAACACAACAAGCUAUUGGCACUGCUAACACACAUUAUCCUGGUGGUUUUCCAGGUCAAGAUUUUAUGUAUUAUUAUUCUACACCAUACAAUUAUGGUAUUCCCGAUGCAUAUAGAUUUUUUCUACAAAGAUAUUAA